AUGGAAUCCACACCACCCUCACCAACGAUGCCCCCCGAAGAGGUCCUUCCCUCCAAGCAAGAUUCUGCUAGUGAAGCCAUAGCAGCUGUCUUGGACGAGCUCCCCUUUCCUGACUCUACCCCAGCAGCUGUUCCUGCUCAACCUCCAAUGAACCGUAGACAGUAUAACAAGAAGCAGAAGCAUGCUGAUCGGCUCAUCGCAUACACCUCAGCUUUCGUACCCGGCAUGUAUAACGUCAAGAACCCUGCUGGGGAGUAUGUUCAGCGUGAGAUCAACCUUGAUGUGGCUCGGCAAGUCAGUCAAGCCAGAAAGAGGAGAAAGAAAGCAGAGGAGGAAGAGGAAAAACAACGUCUUCAAGCAGAAGGUCAACCCUUAGCAGCGGUGAACCCUUUGUCCAACAUACUGAUAAUUCAUCCAGGAUCGAAGAAUCUGAGAAUAGGUCGGGCUUCUGAUUUUUACCCGAAAGAAGUACCCAAUUGCAUUGCCAGACCCAAAAAAAAGCUAGAAUCAAGAACAUCUCCAAGUCCAGAACCCUCGGCCAAGAGAUCAGCGGAGACACCGGAUCAACGAGAAACGAAAAGACAGAGAAAUGGUCAUGCUCGAAAGACCAAUGGUGAUGAUGAAGCAGCAGAAGAUCCAAUGGAUAAGAAGAUUGGAUAUCUUCGAGAAUACCUUCGUGGUCAUCUAGUCGCCAAUCGAUUGGCUACCGACUGGCGUGAGGGGAAUAGAGUGGUGACGUAUAACCAGAAAGUCAAACCUGAACCCGUCCCAGAACACAACGACCCAUAUCGUAUCGACUGGACAGAAGUGGGUGAAAGGGGGUAUCUCGUCGGUGAAGAAGCUCUACAAUUACCUCCGGAUUCUGGCUUCGAUGUUAAAUACCCGAUAUUGCAUAGAGGUCUCAACACGGAGGACUGGUCCAGCUUACGUCAUUUGUUAGAUGAUGUGGUCCUGAUACUGCAAGAAGCCCUCCGAACAGAACUCAACAUUUUCCCCAGAGAUUAUCAGGCGCGUCAUACUUUGUUCAACUUUGCUGUGGUCCUUAUUGUGCCUGAUCAUGGAGAUAGGACGUAUCCACAAGAGAUAUCAAGGCUUUUGAUGAGAGAGAUGGGUUUCCGGGAGAUCGCAAUCCACCAGGAAGCCUACUGUGCCAUAUUCAGCGCUGGCAUGUCUUCUGCCUGUGUGGUGGACAUAGGAGCCACAUCGACGUCUGUAACAUGCGUCGACGAAGGUCAAGUUUCUUCCGAAACUCGGAUCAUGUUGGACUAUGGCGGAGACGACGUUACAAAAGCUCUGACCACCAUAUUACAACGUUCCGCAUUUCCUUUCAAAGACCUUGACCUGUCCAGGAGUCAAGAUUGGAAAAUGAUGGAUAAUCUUAAAAUAAAAAUCUGUACGCUGGAAGAGCAUUUGGUAGCUAGUACCUUAUGGGACUUUUAUGUCUUACAUCCGAAAAACCUCACUCAGAAAUAUGUAUUCAGGACAUACGAUGAGAACAUCCUUGCUCCGCUCUGUUUCUUCGAUACUCGAAUGGUAAUUUUGGCUCCUUUUUUAUUGAAUAAGGCUAAUGAAAAGAUUGCAUUCAGUGAUGACAGUCAAAAGCCUCCCUCCAAAUUGUCCAAUGUAGAUGAUCUACUUUAUACCCUUUUACCAGGAUCGGAAUGUUCUUAUCAACCUACGACAGCAAUGAAAUCAUGUGUAUCCCAUCUCAUCCCUAUCAUCACUCUCCCACCUCCCAUCUCACCUCCUCUGAUCGCAGAAACUCCACCCCGACCAAUACCCGCCAACGAAGACACGACAAACGAAGUUCUCACAGAAGAACUUCAAAUCAAUGGCGAUCUUCCUUCUGUUCCUCCGAUUUCAGAUAUAGCCAAAUUAGACAAGGCAGAGGGAUCCUUGACCUCUACACCGGUUCCUGAACCUGCCCCUCUCCAACAAGCGACAGAACUAGAUUUCUCAGCCAUUUCUUCCAAGUUGAUCAUCUCAGAAGCAUCACAUACCCCUCUGGAUGGAGCGAUAGCGGCUUCUAUCUUGGCUGUGGGGACGGAUUCGAAGAUCCGAACUGCUUCAUCUUCUAUUUUGCUAAUUGGAGGUGGGUCGGCGAUGAAAGGAUUACAUCCGUUUAUCCAGGAAAGGUGA